GGGGGGUAGUAGUUCCUCAUCGAUUCUGCGAGUGCAAAGCGUAAAGCGGGGUCAUCCAGACCACUCUCCUCGCUUGUCUCUCCUUACCUUGUCCUCCUCUCAUCUGCCAUCUCGUAUUUCUUUUGUUUCACUUAGAUUCUCCUUUGCGCCAUGAAGGGCCUCAAGAAGACUCUGCUCCGUACGAGCAAGUCGCAAGACUCGGCUUCCUCAAAAACCAAAGAGUCUAAGACGGCUGCUGCGGCCGCUGCAGCAGCAGCAGCAGCUCCCCCUCCUCCACCUCCAAACUCUGCCAAGCCCUUACCACAACCGACUUCUGCAGCAUCAACACUCAACCAUCUUGCAAACACCAGUAAUCACUCGCUUCCUUCUACUAAUGGCUCUUAUCCUUCUGCACGAACCUCUUCUGCCUCUUCUUCAGCUCCUCAACAACCCGACCGUCGAUACUCGGCUCCUGAACGAGCGUCACCCGCGCCGCCUAUCGUUGUAGUCAGUCCAGAUGUUUCGUCCGAACAUCAGGAUAGGCAUACGCUUAACCUCGAUGGCCCCGUUACGCCUCCUCGGGCAAACACUCUCAAUCGCUUGCGAACCGGUCCAAAGGACACUAUCCCGAUCGUGGGUAAGCCUCCGCGGAAACAACGUAGCAGUCGCUUUGUUGUCACCGAGAAGGUCGAGAUUGAGAAGCUGGCACCAUUCUUGGAAACCCCUCCGGGUGAGCGGCCGCAGCUGUUUAUCAAGAAGCUGCACCAAUGUGCAGUUCUAUUCGAUUUCAACGACACCAAUGCCGAACUCAAGGGGAAGCAGGUGAAAACACAAACGCUGACGGAAAUGCUCGAGUACAUUACCACCCAGCGUGGUGUGAUUACAGACAACAUAUACCCCGAGGUUGUGAAGAUGUUUGCUACCAACCUUUUCCGAUCAAUACCCCCACCUGUCAACCCAACAGGAGAUGCUUAUGACCCAGAGGAAGACGAACCGGUCCUCGAGCUUGCCUGGCCGCACCUCAAGAUCGUCUACGAGUUCUUCCUGCGCUUUGUCGAGAGUCCAGACUUCAACACCAACCUCGCUAAGCGGUAUAUCGAUCAGACCUUUGUGCUCAAUCUGCUAGAACUCUUCGAUUCGGAAGAUCCUCGAGAGCGCGAUUUCCUUAAGACAACGCUCCACCGGAUAUACGGCAAGUUCCUCAACUUACGUGCGCCCAUCCGAAGAAGCAUCAACAACGUCUUUUUCCACUUUAUCUACGAAACCGAACGACACAAUGGUAUCGCCGAGCUUCUGGAAAUACUUGGUUCGAUCAUCAACGGAUUCGCUCUUCCUCUGAAGGAGGAGCACAAAACGUUCUUGAUGAGGGUCCUCAUCCCGCUACACAAGGUCAAGAGCUUAUCUAUGUACCAUCCCCAACUGGCCUAUUGUGUCGUCCAAUUCUUGGAGAAGGAUGCUGCGCUUGCGGAGGAUGUCGUCCGAGGAUUGUUGAAGUUCUGGCCAAAGGUGAACUCACCAAAAGAGGUCAUGUUCCUGAGUGAGAUGGAGGAGGUCCUGGAUGUUAUUGAUCCCGCAGAGUUCCAGAAGAUCCAGGUACCGCUGUUCCAGCAACUCGCGCGGUGCAUCAACAGUCAGCACUUCCAAGUUGCGGAACGAGCGUUGUUGUACUGGAAUAACGAGUACAUCGUCAAUCUCAUGAGCGAUAAUUUGGCCGUCAUUCUGCCCAUUGUUUUCCCUGCGCUGUACACUAACUCACGGUCACAUUGGAACCGAACGAUACACGCAAUGGUGUACAAUGCUCUCAAGCUUUUCAUGGAGAUCAAUCCUGAUCUCUUCGAUGAAGCAAUGCAACACUACAAACAACAGAAAAUCGAGGAACAACAUCAUGCCGUCGAGCGGUACGAACAAUGGAAGAAAAUUCGUGAGAAGGCUGUCGAGCACUCCGGUGGCAAGUUGCCUGAAGGCUUUGCGGAGACUGAGCCUCCACCUCCACCUCCUCCGGUGGACGAAUCGGAUAUCAUUGACUUGUCUAUGGACCUCAAUGCUGUUUCGUUAGAUGCGGAGGGACCACUAGGUGAACUGGAUGAGAGUGGAAUUGAACGAGUACCAACGGCGGAUCCAGGGCUAGACCGAUUACUUCCUGAAGUCGGGGACCAUUCGCCUGGUGGGACCAACUUGCAUACAAGGCGGAAAAGUACUCUGCCAGGUGCGUUAACUAUUUCACAUUUCUUUGUAGCCAUUGUUGAAGGGUGUUUCCACUAGUGGACCCCACUGUCCUGAGGGAUCUUCAAGCUCACCGAAGUCUGGAUGACAACGGGGUGCCUCACUCCAUGGACGGUGGACCGUAAACGCCCGCGUCUUGUUCUUUUUUUCUCCCUUGCCUGAGCCGAGCCUCUCUGCGACCCUCCGGAGUCCGAAGGCGUAGGUGCAGGCUAACAUCUCAGUUGUGUGCGCGAGUGCGGACGUUUGUUUGAUUGUUGUUCUGUGCAUGAUAUACAUACUUUGACGAUGCUAUCCACUUGUUCUCUUCCAUGGUACCUCCUCCCGUACAUAUAUUCCCUCCCACGUCCUGUCUUUUCUGUUCUUCCAUCGUGGAUGGUGUUCGUUAACGUCUCUUUACCCCCUCUACUAUAUGUGUCAUUCUUAGCUUCUUUUUUCUACGCCAUAGCCUAAAUCUUCAUUUCUGACUCCUACUCUUAUAUAUACCCGUGGGGAGGCAGAGGCACUGGGUGCUUCUGUGCUGUUCCUGACAAGUCACAAAACCUCAAACCGAAAGUGAUCAAUAUCGGAUGGCCCAUCUAUGCAGAAUUGUAAAGUUAGGUCGGCCCCUUGAGAACGUUCCAUACUUGCAACUUUGGCGCUACUUGUGCUACGUAUUUU